GGCGUGUUUUAAAGCUCUAUCAGUGCGCUGGCUAUGAGUGCGAAAAUGGGGAGAUGGGGCGCCUUUGAUCAGGACGAAGGUCGCUGCGGCAAUUUCGAGCGCGUCACAGAGCCAUCGCUCGUGCUCCACAUCUUCAGCUUGCUGGAUCUCCCAGACUUGUUCUCAUUGCGGGCUGUGUGCAAGUCCUGGUAUGAUGCUGUGCUCUCUCCUCGUUUCAUUGAGCUGUACAAGCCACCGCUGGAACCCUCGGCCGUGCUCAGGGUGAGGACGAGUCUCCCUGCCGACUGGGAGCUUCGUUACGAUGAGGAGCAUUUUGACUAUGGCAUGAAACUGGAGAAUCACAGCGAGCUAUGGCGUCCACAUCGCUUCCAGCGUAAGAGAUGCAGUCUCCCAUUAGGCCCAUCGGGUUCGCGCUUCGUGGGCUUGUGUUCUUCCAACGGGCUCGUGUGUGGGAUGCUCAUGGAACACAUCGACUCGAUGACUUUUGCUGUGGGGAAUCCAAUCACCAAUGUGUGGAAGGCACUUCCUCCUGCUCCAAUUGCUUCCGGGGAUCGUCCACGCCCGGCUUAUCUCUACAUCGCCAUGGAAACAGAUGUCGUCACUAGCUCUUACCAGAUUGUGAUACUGUACCAGAAGAACCAGAUCACUCCUGAUGAAGCCCCGGCACAAGAUGACGAUGAUGGUCGAAUCUUCUCGCUGCAGUAUGACUCAGAUUCAUGUUCUUGGCAUGAAGGCCCGUUCUUCAGCACGCCAAACUCGUUGGGAUCACCGCUACGAGGCUGUGCUUUCUUCUACACUGGGGAGAACAUAUUCCCGGCUUACGAUCCACAUUCCAGAGCUUGGUCUCACGUGGUUAUCUCGCCACCGGCACGUAACGAACAAGAACAGGAAGACGAGAGUUGGGCGAACUGGUCUUUUGGAUACAUCGGCGCCUUCAUGUACAAGGGGAAAUGCUACUGGGCAUCGCUCCUGUUCGAUCCAGAGAAGUGGGGUGAAGACAUUGGAGUGGCAAUCUGGGAGAUGAAACAGGAAAACUCAACGUGGGUGUUGGUGUCCCGGGUUCUGUCCAAGGACCUGUUUGGACCAAGUUGUUGCGUGUCAGUCGGGGACAAGGAUAUGACAGUGAGGUUGGUCGAGGACACUGUCUUCAUCUCGGCUUUCUACAGGAAGGAAAGCCAUGGGGUGUGGCCUCCUGUUGCAUACGACUUUUCUCUGUCCAAGUGGUAUACUUGUUGCAUGAACAACGAGGAUAUUGAGUGCAGCUAUGUGCUGCUACCCAGCCUGUCUGCCAAGCCUUAACAGGCCUAACUUUUUAUUAGUGAUGGCUUAAAAAUGUUAAGAAGAUCCUGUGAUGCAAAAACUACUAGCAUUCUGUAAUUUAGCUGAUAUAAAGAACAUAUCAAAUUUCUUGCA